UAUUUAAUUGUAUAGUAUUGUGUUGUGUUGUGUUGUGUUGUGUUGUAUUAAACACCACUAAUGAUAAAGAAAGAAAUUGAUUUAGAAUAGAACUAUGAUCGCAUAUUGAUAAUCUUAUAUCUAUGGCAAUGAUAAAAUGUGAAAUGUGAAAAAAUAAAGUAAAACAAACGCACAUCAAAUAACUGACACCUUCGCGUUAAUCGAUGCAGCCUAUAGGAAUACAAUCGAUUGACCGGUUCAACAGUGUUGUAAAAUUGUUGAUAUUACACGCUUAAAGCAAGAAGCGUACAGGAGUACUAAAUAAGGGAAGUUUGUGAUUUAAGUUGAGACCCUAUUGUUUAAAUAUAAAAAACCAAAGAGGAUGCUUUACUCAUUCGAGUUGCUUUUACUUGUCACGAUUUUCAAAAGGUUCGCAUAUGCUGCUGUAAUAGAAGUAAGUGAAAACUCUGCUGUCACUAUAUCAUGCGACCUUAACGUCCAAUAUCCAACAUGGACUGGCCCAGGUGGACUAGCAGACCCUCUUACAAGCGGACAAACGAUAAAUGAAGCGGGUGUGGAGUGGGUUAACAAUAAAGAUCUCACGAUUGAAAAUGCAAUGUUAAAACAUGACGGCAAUUAUACGUGUUCAGAUAAUAAUGGUAACAGCAAUACUGUUGAAGUUGAUGUUCAAUACUUUUCAGCUUGGGCCGAAAUAUCUGUAGCUUCACCACAGAAUACAACAGCAGUGUUUACUUGUGAAUGUCACAGUAACCCACCUUGUAAAAUAGUUCCUCAUGUUUUUUCGCACAACGUGCCUGAUAGUGCGCCUACUCACACAACAUUCAAUCCUUGCGAACCAGAUCCAACUCGUCAAAAUCGAAUGAAGUGUAGCACUAUUGCAACGUUAGGAAUGGCAAAAGAAUAUAACGGUCUCCAUGAAAAUAGUUGCAAGUUCUCGUACAAAGGCACCGAGGACUAUAUGACGACAUCUCCAGAAAAUAAGUUCUACUUUCCACCAACAUUUGUCAACAUAACUGGAGAGAAAGAUGGUAAAACUGUGACCUUAAACUGCACAACCGAUUCUUCGAACCCAGUAGCUGUAUUAAACUGGUAUAAGGGGGAUAAAGAUGUAGCCUCCGAUAACUUUAGGGUCAUAAGCAACUAUCAAAAAGUCAUUGUUGACGCGGAGUAUCAUGGUAAAAAUAUAACGCAAUCUCUCGAUAUCAACGUAGAUGAUGUUAAGGAUGGAGAGAAGGCUUUCUGUUGUGCGAAACAAGUGCAAACCGAGAUCUGUGACUCUUUUCUAUUGACACCAUUUAGAGAAACAUGGUUCGCAUAUGCUGCUGUAAUAGAAGUAAGUGAAAACUUUGCUGUCACUAUAUCAUGCGACCUUAACGUCCAAUAUUCAACAUGGACUGGCCCAGGUGGACCAGCAGACCCUCUUACAAGCGGACAAACGAUAAAUGAAGCGGGUGUGGAGUGGGUGAACAAUAAAGAUCUCCCGAUUGAAAAUGCAAUGUUAAAACAUGACGGCAAUUAUACGUGUUCAGCUAAUAAUGGUAACAGCAAGACUGUUGAAGUUGAUGUUCAAUACUUUUCAGCGUGGGCCGAAAUAUCUGUAGCUUCACCACAGAAUACAACAGCAGUGUUUACUUGUGAAUGUCACAGUAACCCACCUUGUAAAAUAUUUCCUCAUGUUUUUUCGCACGUUAACGUGCCUGAUAGUGCGCCUACUCACGCAACAUUCAAUCUUUGCGAACCAGUAAGUUCCGCUUCAUUGAAAUGUUAUAUCAUGGAAAAUCUGAAUUGCGCUUUGUAUUUAAUUAUAAGCAAAAUAUUCCUUUAUCUUUUAUAUAUAUAUUAGAGAGUGUUGUUGUUUUUUAGCUCGACUAUUCGAAGAAUAUGGAGAGCUAUUGCUGUCGCCCCGGCGUCGGCGUCCACGUCGCCGUUGGUUAAAGUUUUUUAGUAAAGUCAAAUAUCUCAAUAAUUGUUUGAGAUAUUCAAUUGAAAUUUACAAUCCUUUUUUAUAGUACACCAGUUUGCAAAGUUGCAUAACUCUGCCUGCAAUAUUUGCAGAAUUAUGCCAAUUUGAAACUUAGAAAUUUUGGUACAUGUUAAAGGUCUUAAGAACUAUCUAAGAUAUUUAUUUGAAACUUUACACAUGUACUUAUGGUCAUAAUUAAAGGUCACAUAUCAAGAUCCAUUACUCUGCCAUGUAUUUUGACUGAAUUAUGCUCCCUUUAGUCCUAAAAAAUCUCCUUUUCUUGGAUUUUUGCAUAUCUCUGGAACUAUUAAAAAUACAUACUUGAAACAUCAUAUGUAUAUUUGUGGUCAUAAGUAAUGAUCACUGAACAGCACUCAUAUCUGUGUCAUGUAUUUAGGCUGAUUUAUCUCCCCAUUCUCUUUGUUAAUGUCUACAUGUAAGUUUUACAUAUCACAAUAACUUUAAGAGAUUUUGAUUUGAAACUUCACAUAUGCAUGACGGUUCAUAAUUGUAUGUCACUGACCAAGUUCCAUAAAACUAUCUUACAUUUAGGCUGAUUUAUCUCCCCUUUUCUACUUAGUCCCUUGGUAAAUGUUUACAUGUAAGUUUAAAAUAUCUUAAUAACUAUCAAAGAUAUUUAUUUAAAACUUUACAUAUGUAUUAAGGGUCAUAAUUGUAGGUCACUGUCCAAGAUCUAUAAUUCUGUCUUGUAUUUAGGCUGAUUGAACUUGAUAUUUAGAUUAACAUACGUUAAGGUGCAAUAAUUAUUACAGAACAAUUAUUAUCAUUUCCUGUCAAUACAUUUCCUUAUCUAAUAUGACUGUUCAUUCAAACUCCAACACGUUCAUUACAAAACUGCUGACUUGUUCCUUGAUUUUUAAAGGAAUUUGUUGCAUAUAUUUUUAUAAACAAAAUUAAGGAUUCCUGAUAAUUAAAACUUUUUACACAUUUUUGUUCACAGGUAGAGGCCUUUUUAUAAUUAAUGUGUACUCUUGUGUACAGAAGUGCAAUUUGACCGAAAGUGUACUUUGUUCAAAAGAGUUUUUGCUUUGAUCAAAUGUUUAUUUGCUUUUAUGAUAUUCAGAUUCUUAUUGGUAACUUAAGCUUAUGAUGGCAUAGUCAUAAAUACUAAUAAAAAGUACCAGAUGUUUAAUAUAUAACUGCAUCUUUUUUAAUAAAUAUUUCAAUUUGCAGUACUUCAAACUUCUUUUCAAAAUUCAUGUUCAUAUUAAUAUUCUGAUAAAUAUUAAAUGCAUUUCCGCUAAACCAGCCGGGCUAGCGCAGAAUGCCGGUCUGUCAAAAGGUAGACAUGUAUUCAAUCCUUGUCCUUUCAAUUAUUCCAAUGCCAUUAUUUUGAUAACUGUUCUUAUUGUCGAGCAUGCUGUCAUCGGACAGCUCUGAUUUGCGUAUUUCCAAAUGUAUGCCCCUUUUAUACUCAAACUCAUGGUUAACUUUUUGCUUGUAAGCUGGUAUCUCCCUAACUACUGAAGGGAAUGGAAUGAAACAUUUGUCAACAUUACUGGAGAGAAAGAUGGUAAAACUGUGACCUUAAACUGCACAACCGAUUCUUCGAACCCAGUAGCUGUAUUAAACUGGUACAAGGGGGAUAAAGAUGAAGCCUCCGAGAACUUUAGGGUCAUAAGCAACUAUCAAAAAGUCAUUGUUGAUGAUGUUAAGGAUGGAGAGAAGGCUUUCUGUUGUGCGAAACAAGUGCAAACCGAGAUCUGUGAAUCUUUUCUAUUGACACCAUUUAGAGAAACAUCUGGUUGUCACAGUUUUACAGCCCGGAUGACUUUGAUUAUUGUUUGCGUCGCUGUCGCAAUCAUUUGAGGAAACGGCAUAACGUACUCUUUAAAAACAACUAUCAAAAAAUAUCAUGAAUUGACAAUAACAUAUAUGAGCUAUCACCAUUUAUUCAUAUGAUCAUUAACAUCAAUUUAUGUUCUCAAAUCGAUUGUAUUUCUAUUAUUUUUGGAUAUAUAGCGAUAUAUUUUUUCGUUGCAGAUUUUCUAAUUGAUGCAAUUUAUUUAAGCAAGUUGAUAAAUAUAUAUAACAUUGUAAUAUCGUGUUGUAUUCAUUCACUUAUAAAGCAUUUGAUAAAUUAUUUGUAUGGUAUUUUAACAUGUACCAACAUGGUGUUCUCAAGAACUUCCUACUUCUUUUUAGGAGUUACGUAAAACAGAGACCUAGGACAUAAUAGAAUAUAGUCUCCAAACAAACCAAGAAAGUGAUACAAAAUCAUAACUCUGCAUCACUUAGAUUUUUGAAUUAUAUCCCCUUGUGAUAAAUAAUAAUGCUCUUUAAAAGUAUUGAAAUACUUUUCUAAGAUAUAUAAUUAACUAAAUAGAUAAGAAUAAUGUCAUGCUAAAGAUCCUGUGUGUUGUAUUUAAGGACUUAAGAUAGGUGGUGGUGUUGAUUUUUAUUCACUCCGGAUAACGGCAGUAAGCCACAUUUAAUUAAUAAGAGCACAGUUCAGCCACCAUAUCGUUCCUGAGGAGGCUUAGUAUUAGUUGCCUUCACCUUCGCAAGGAACUGAAAUUACUGUACAUUCCAGAGCAGAGGUAUAUUGCCUAGGACCGUACAAACGAUUUCAUGAUCAAUUGCAAUGAGCGGGAAUCGAACUCGAAACGAUUAUUUUUUUACAUUUUAAUGUAUUUUAAACUAAUGUCUGUAAAAUAAUGUAGUUCAUUUUGUAUCUAUCUACAAGGCUUGGUUUUAAACCAUAUGACCACACAUUGUUCAUAAAGCUUAAAUGUUUAUAAAAUAUAUUAGUAUUUCGCUUUAAUAUAUGUCAUAUUUACUAUUUUGAGAUAAGAACGUAAACUAAUAUAAAGCAAAAUAAAACAAUUCAUAUUUCAAAAAGAAAACGUUAUGAUUAUAAACAAUUAUUUUAUUUAUAUAUUUUACAUAAUAGUUCAGCCCCCGUUCCCCCUCUACAAACCAAAACCCUUUUAAACAUCAUAAGU